AUCAUGUUUAAAUACAAGACGAUCAUAGAAGAUUGUGAACUUUAAAAAAAAAAAAAAAAAAAAAAAAAAAAAAAAAAAAAAACUUGACGUGUGCUAAAAAAGCCUAAACGAUUUGUUUCGCAGUUCCGUGUGUAUUAAAUGCUGUCAGUCUAUGGAAGUUACAUACGUUCAUGUGAGAAAAAUUAUGUCAAACAAACAACAAAUAUAAAGCACGAAAAACAGAUCGGACAUAAUGAUAGAAAGGACCAGAGCGUGUACGUCAUACCGUACGAGUCCGUAUAUUACCUUCAGGUAGUAAAAACACGUUGCGAUCUAGCUAGAGAGCUUGACGAAACAUGAGCUAUCACCUGAUACUCAGAUAACUUUAUGCAUCAACAAAUGUUUCUGUAUACUAUACAAAACUUUCUGUUUACGAUCUACCAGCCCAAGGUGUUGCGCUUUACAUACAAAAUAGCAUCGUCGAUUCAACUUAUACAAAAUGGUUUUUUCAAAGGAACCUUUUGAUUUACAUUAAACAUGGUGAUACAAACGCAUGUGGCAUGAUAUACCGUUUUGACUUCAAGAAACGUACGUAAGAAUCUUUUCUGAUUGUUUUGUCAACACUUAUGUGUGUGACUGAAACUGAAAUAAUGUGAUAAUCCAAUAAUUAACGUGAACAGUUUAUAUGUAUGUCAAUAACCUAGGCGUAUAAUAUAAGUAGGUAUUGAGUUAAUUGUGAACUACGAAUGAAGCAACACUGACAUCAUACAAAAUGAUUUGACAAAGAAACCUUUGGUUUAACUUAAACAUGAUUACUUUUAAGUUUUAAACACGUCCGUCUGAAUCUAAAACGGAGGGUUAAUUAUAACUAAAUUUUGACCCGCACUUAGAAAAGGUGAAUUUAUUUUUAAAAUCAAAUAUUUAUUUUCUUAAAUUAAAUAAAUUAUUUUAAUAUGAAUUUCUAUAUAAAAUAGUAUACAUGUCUGAUACGAAACCAAAAUUUAACUAUAUUUCAUAGAUAGCCGAGAAGAUCAUUUUUUUUUAUAACCAAAAACUGAAACCGAACCUAAAAUCAAAUGGGUACUUGAAUUUUUGAAAUACAGAUAUAUACCCAGAAAAAAAUAAUUACAUUUAAUUUCUAAUUACAUUUACUUUGCUACUAAACAAAACCAAAAUCCGAAAUAACCUAACUGAAACCAAACUAAUCUUUGUAAAUACAUGAAAGGUUUCAAAAUUUCUAGAAACAAAAAGAAGAACAAAAAACCAAAAUACCCUACCCAAAUUGAAUAUUGAGGACUAAUAAUGCAUCUACAUUUAAACGGUGCGAAAAAAGCUUUUUGUUUAUAUAAAUUAUUUAACUCUUUUUAGUAGGAUUACAUAUGUAGUUUGUAUAUGAAUUAAAAUAUAAUCAAUGUUUCAUAUCCAAUCCAGAUCUAUGGUCACGAACCAGAAAACAUGUUAGCCAUAUAUAAAUUAUAGAAUGACUUAUUUCAUUAAUGUAGCAUUCUAUCAGAUGUUCGACCAACUUGAUAUGUUUCUAUAAAAUUUGGAUUUAAUGAAAACCUAUUAAUUAAAAUCAGAUAAACCCUAAAAAUCCACUAUUAACUCAUGAACAUACAUUGGUUAUCUCACUAAAAACCCAGAAAUCUGAUAUGUUUUUAAAAGAAAACUAGAUUUUAAUCCGCGCUUUCAAAGCGCGGGAUUAUAUUUUGUUGAUAAAAUUAUUAACCUGUUUUUUUAAGCGCAUAUAUUUACUAAAUAAACAUAUAAUCUUAUAUUUUAAUACACGUUUGUAUAUCUAUUUCAAAUUAUAAUUUUGCAUACAAUAAAAUCCCACACUUUAAUUUUUAGUUAUUUAGAAGUGUAAUAAAUUUUAGGUAGUGAAUUUUUUUUGCCUGCACCAUAAAUUAAAUAUUAAAAAUUUAGAAGCAAAAUAAGUUUUUAUAAAUGUUAAUCCUAAUUCUAUUAUUACCUUAAAAUUUGAAAUAUUCAAUCAUAAGUUUGUGAGUAAAAUCUGAAACUUUCUUUAAUGGUAAUAGAUAUUUAGUUUUUAAGUUUGUAUUUUUUUUUUGGUCAUAACCCGUGUCAAAACACGGAAUCAUAAUUUAAAACUAAAAUUUGUGCCAAAAUGUGAGAUUUUUAUUCAUGAAAAUUCAAUAUUGAAAGAUAUGAGGUACACCUGAUUAUAUAUAUAAUAAAUUAUUUUAUUAGAUGAUAUUUUGACAUGUUCCAAAAUCCAAGAUCAUAAUAUUUUUAAAAUGUCAUUUUAACCCGUACCAAAACGCAAUAUCAGAAUAUUUUUUAUCAAAGAGGGGACCUUUACGUAUUUAUUUAAAAUGCUGUUAUUGAUUUAUUAAGUUUUGUGAUUUUAAUGAAAUGAAAUUUAUUGUAUUUAGGUAAGAUUUAGGUGUUUUGAUAGAAUGACACAUAUAUUUAUUUCAACAAAAAUACAAAAUAAACAUAUUCAAAUGAAUACAUAUAUGUAAUAACUAUGCAUUAGAUUAACACUACACGGAAUUUAUUAUAUGAAAUUUGCUGACCCAUUAUACAAAAUACAUUAUAAAAUAGUAUAUAAUCAAUACGAUAUAUCUAACAUUUUCAAAAAUAACAAAACAAAGAUUUUUACUAAAUUUUGGACGUGUGGAAAUGGAACCAAAUGCCGUGUCACUAAAUUUUUGUAGAGGGUACAAUAUUUAAACUAUUGUUCAAUUUUAAAAUAUUUAAGAUUUUUAAUAUAUUGAUAAUUACUUGUUUUUAAUAUUUUUUUAAUCUUUAAUCUUAAGAUAUUUCUACUAUAUGUUAAGCUUUAAAAUGCAAUGUUUAAUAUAUGUAAUUUGAAAAUAAUAGAUUACAAAAAAAAAUUGUAUGCUUUUUUUAUUCUUAUUAGAUUAAUGGUAAUUACUAUUGUCAAGUAAAAAAAUUUAUUUUUUAACUACAUAUUAAUUACUAUGAUCUAUACAUACUAUUAAUUUAAAUUGUACGUAAUUUUUUAAUAUUAAAUAAAAUAUUAACUACUAUAACUGACCGUAUGAUAUACAUUAUAUUAGGCUUUAGAUAUAUAUAUUACCUGUCAAUUUGAAAACCUUGAAACAUUGAAUCCGAUAUAGUAUUAGACCAUGAUGGUGUAAGUUUCGAUACAUAAAACCCACAUACAGCUAUCUACUUUAUAAGCAAUGAAAAACAAAUGGUUAAUGUUUUUUUUUAUGGACAGAGAAAUAAUAUGGAUUGGUGAUGUUACGAUCGGCUAAAAUGAUUUGGUUGAACGGCAAAAGACAAAUGAUGCAACAGAUUGUUUUUUUUUGUAACUUUUUUUUUCUCUUAUUUUUCACAUUAUAUGGACAGAUUGUUUGUUGGAAGAAAAAGAAUAUCAUGGAAAUAUAUAUAUAUAUAUAUUUACAUAAAAUCAUAGCUUACAAAUAACCCACUGACAAAGACUUGUAAAUAUUGUUGAAACAGAAAGUGCAUUAAAACAAAAAAAUCUUAUGUUUUAAUAGUAUAGAUAACACAUUAAAACCGAGUAUAAUUAGGAAUAUUCUAAGGAUAUACAUUAUGCGAGAUAUAUUAAGUUACAACAAUCUAUUAUUUUGAAUUUUGAUAUCUAUUAAGUUACAACAAUAAAAUCAUUUGGUUAUUCUCGUUACUUUAUCAAAUAUUGUAAUUUUUAUACGGAAGUUUAUUCAUAAUAUAAUAUUUUUAUAUCCAACUGUUAAACAAAUUUUACUGAAAAUUAUUAAAGUAAUGAAUUAAAAAGAUAUGAUAGGUAGUUUAUGGUUUCGUGUAUAUAAAUAAGCAAUUGUUAGUGUUUGAGCUUGCACAUAACCGAAUUCUUGUAGCACUUAGAUUAUAGCCAAAGUAAAUACUUUAAUCCAAAACCAAACAAACAAAGAAAAAACAGUUGACAGAGUCGUGUAUAAGAUAUUGUAGCUCGAGGAACUUGUUAGGUAUUGUGUGACCACAAUUUUCAAUGAUCAUUUGAUUCUUUUACCUUAAUUACCCCGUUUGAAACAAAGGUUUCAAACUUUUGAUAUAUAUCAUACGACCUGUUAUAGGAAAGAUAUAUCUAUUGUAUAAUUACACAUGGUUAAUUAAAAAAAGAAGUGGAAAAAGAUCACACGAAAGUAGGAGAUGAUCUGCGAUUUACUAUAACAAAAUAAAAGCAUUUGAUUAAAAGCAUAGAUUAAAAAUAACUCAGUAGCAGAAAAUUGUAAAUACUUCUGAAACAGGAGGGCACUUCAAAAAAUUGCCUUCUGUUUUAAUAGUAUAGAUGAAUUAAACUUCUUAUAUACUUUAUAUAAGUAAAUGCAUUGUAUUUAUGUUAUGUAUUUUAAUAUAGAUUUGUAAUGAUCAAUACUAUUACAGUCUUAAUAUAGAUAAAAAAAAAUUUGUUUAAAUGCGUACAAUGUGUCUAGGUUUACUAAUAAAAUUAAACUCGUGAUUGCUGGAAUGAUUUUCAAUAGUCAUGUUUUGGUUUUAGAAUUUAUCAUUCACAUUCUCAUAUUGGGAUCAAUAAGGGAUGUGAUGGUAAGAAAUUUUUUAAUAUAUUUGAACUAAGAAUUAUCCGGUGAUGGUAAGAAGUGUUUUAAUAAAUUUGAACUAAGAAUUAUCCGGGCUGUAUCGAAUGAUGUUGAAUUUAAAUGAGAUUAUUUAAAUUAGAUAGACUAUAGAACAGUUAGAGAAAUAUAGGGUAUGACCAAAAUAUUGUUAGUUAAUGAAAGGGUGCAACAACCUUGAAUAAGUAAAUUUUUUAGAACUCUUUCUCUUUUAUUAGUAUUGAUAGACAUAAUCAGGAUUAGCAACCAAAGGUCCAUAACCCAUCUCUAACAUUGGGGUAUAAAAAUAUUUCAUAACCCUGCAAAGUCCAAGAAUGACCAUACCCAGUUUGUUUACUAUGUAUGAUGAUGUUAUUAUAGCUAUAUGAUUUGUACACGAGUGAGUGGCUACAACCUUUCAUGAAAUGGCUAAGUGAUGGUUUGAUGUAUAAUCAAAUGGAAACCACACUGACCGUUGCACGAUCGGUUAAUUCGGUUUGGUUUAUGUGUUAUGCUAAGAACAAUCAAAUAUCUUUUCAAAAAAAAAAUUCGGUUCUCAGUUUAAAUUGGUAAGGAAUUUCCAACUCUAUCUAUCGACCUAGUUAAUUGAAUCGCUGUCUCGAAUUGAAAUCGCGCUGGCCUAUAAAUCGUACUUGCUCACACUCUCAGCAUUAGGUCAAAUGGGGAAGCUUGGGAAGAAAGCUAGAAAAUUUGCAAAGAAGAAUCUUCAGUCUGUUCAGAAGCGUAACAGGAAGCAGAAGCCCUUUCUCAAACGCAAUUUCGCUAAAAGGUAGUUUCUUUAUUUUUUUAUUUUUUUGGUUUCCCUAUCUGCUUUGUAGUUUGUUAGUUGUUUCCAUGAUCAUAGAGACUACUUGCUUGUUAUGUUAGUGGAGAGUAAAUUAAUUUUAUUUCUUGCGUUUCCCUAAGUUUUUUUUUUUGUGUGUCUUCGUAGCUCCUUUGUUAGGUGUUCUUAUAAGGCCAUGUUCGUUUGUACAUCAGGAAGAUGCAUCCAGAUGGUCCAUCUAGAUAUCUUAUCCAAAUGUUCCAUCUGGGUGUUGUUCGUUUGUUUAUUUCGUUCAUGCAUCCAGAUGAAUCAUCUGAAUGCAACUAUGCUCGUUUGCUUUUCAUUUUUUUUAACUUUCAUCUGCAUCCAGGUAGACUUGUUAAUAAAAUGACUAAAAUAUAACUUUUUACGUUUCGGCGGAAAAAUAGCAUUUUUAUGGUUUUGGCGAGAAAAUGCGUUUUUUCGGUUUUGGCUGGAAAAUACGUUUUUCCGGUUUUCGCGAGAAAAUACAUUUUUCCGGUUUUGGCGGGAAAAUAUGUUUUUUCGGUUUUGGCGAGAAAAUGCGUUUUCCGGUUUUGGAAGAAAAAUGCAUUUUUCCGGUUUUGGCGGGAAAUAAAACCGAAAAUGCGUUUUCUAGUUUUGGCGGAAAAUUUUCAUUUUCCGGUUUUGGCGGUAAAAUUGCAUUUUUCAGUUUUGGCGAGAAAAUGCGUUUUUCUGGUUUUGGCGGGAAAAUUUCGUUUUUCGGUUUAGGCGAGAAAAUUAUGUUUUUCGGUUUUGGCGAGAAAAUGCUUUUUUUUUUUUUGCGGUUUUGGCCGGAAAAUGUUUUUUGGAGUUUUGGCGGGAAUAUGCGUUUUUUUUUUGGUUUUGGCGGGAAAAUGCGUUUUUUUUUUGUUUUGACAAGAAAAUGCGUUUUUUCGAUUUUGGUCGAAAAGUUCGGUUUUACUGGUUUAGCCGAAAAACGUGUUUUUAUGAAAAUGUGUGUUUUAUGUUUUUUUUUUGCAGAAAAAUGCAUCUUGUGGUUUUGACGGGAAAGUGUGUUUUUCAGUUUUUGCGAGAAAAUGCAUUUUUUGGUUAUAGCGGAAAAAUGUAUAUGCAAAAAAAUAAAAUUUACAGUUGAAAAUAAUAUUUUGAUUUUAAAAGAUCAUUUUUGUCAUUUAUCAUUUUGAACUGAACUAGAUGCAUCUGCAUUCAGAUGCACCAUCAAGAUUCAUCUUCAUUUGGGUGAAAAUUUGAGAUGAGUUUUUAAAAAUUCAGCUGGGUGAUCCAUCUGGAUGUAGCAUUAUAAUGCACAAAACGAACAUCAAUUUGCAUCUUUACCCAGAUUGAUCACCUGGGUGAGCAAACGAACAGGGCCUAAUCAUAGAGACUACUUGCUUGUUAAUGGUAUUGGAGAGUUAAUGGGGUUUGCAACGGUUGAGAAAUUUUUUUGCUUUAAGAUCUUGAGUAAGUUUCCUUUGCUAGAGAUUGCUUACUUGCUUAUGGUAGUGGAGGGUCAAUGGUGUUUGCAACGUUUGAUAAAUUGUUUCACUUUAGGAUCUUUGGUUAAGUUAUUUUUUCGUCUUCCUAGCUCCUUUGUUUGGUGUUUAUAUGAUCAUAUAGACUACUUGCUUGUUUAUGGUAGUGGAGAGUCCAUGGUGUUUGCAACAGUUGCGAAAGUUUUUCCCUUUAGGAUCUUGACUAAGUUGUUUUUUUUUUUGUAGUGUUUGUGGUAGUGGAGACUAAAUGGUUUUUGCAAUGCUUUUAAAAGUUUUUUUUUGGGUUUAAGAUCUUUGAUUCUACCUUGAAUCUGAUGAUAUUACCUGACUGUUUAACUUCGGUAGUUUAGGAAAUGGGCGUCGUGAGGCAGAAGAUGAAGAGGAGAAGAUGAUGGAACAGCCACAUAAGAAGAGAUGUUCGACAAAGAUGAAGUUGCAGCUCUCGAAUGUGGUGAUUCAGAUAGUGAUGGAUAUCUUGACGAGGUGGUAGAUGAAACUAGAACAGAUACAAUGAAGCGCAAAGUACUCUCUGCAUCUGUUUUAACCUCUUGCUGUGACCUAGUCAAUGAGGAACAGUCUGCUCAAGCAUUAACCAGUUUGUUAAAUUGGUACCGAGCUGCAUGUCACUACGAACUCGAGCCAUCAGGAAUGAGUAGUCCUGAUAUAUGCUAUGAAAUUGAGGACAGCGAGACAUUCCCCAAGGUCAUGAUCUUUGUUCUCCAGAAAGCUGAUCAGACUUUCAGAAGUAUUCUGGGAUUAUCAAGCUCCAGUAACAAGGAGAAGAUUCUGAAGUUGAAGAACAAUCCAAAAUGGGAUAGUGUAAAACCACUCGUCAAAUCUUUCUUUAGAAGCACCAUCCAUCUUGUCAAGCAGGCUGCAGAUUUGGAGAUAACAGUCUUUGCGCUUGCCCAACUCAGAGUUUCUUUUGCUCUCAAGAUAUGCAGAAGUCUUAUACCAAAGCGUCUGUUUUCAUUACACAACUUGCCAAGUUAUCGAAGAUGGCUCUCAGUACAAAGAAUAAGGUGCUUCUUAGUCCUUGCAACGUUCUUUCUUCUACUUUUUUUAUUUGUCUUCUUAGCCUCUUUCGAUUCUUCUAAGCAGGAAGCUGUGGAGAAGAUACAUAGCGGGCACUUCACAAACUGCCUUGAUCUCUGGGUGAGUUUUAUCUCCGCCAACGUUCAGGAUUGUGAUCUCCAGCCAUUGGUGUAUACUAUCAUUCAGAUUAUAAAUGGAGUUGCUACACUAUUUAUUGGACCACGGUACCUUCUCCUAAGGGUUAAAUGUAUUCAAUGGCUUAAUCGUCUCUCUCGUGCAAGCGGUAUAUUCAUUCGGAUAGCAUCAUUGGUAAUGGAUGUGUUGGAAUAUAAAACCACAAAUUCCUGAGGUUGCUACUAUUCCCAUUAUGAGGCUGAAGAAGUUUAACGAGAGAAGCACUAUUGAAGGGUUGAAGCGUGUGGUGAAACGCUUUACCGAGCAGGUAACUCUCUCUAAGCAACCAAAGCAACUACUUUUGUGGAAUGUAACAAGAAUCUUUGCUUUUGGACUGUUUUUGUUUUGUUUAGGUGGAGAUGAAUAUUGUGUAUGUGCAAAUGAAGAGAGAUGAAGCGGCUUUCUCACCAAACGAUCAACAAUCGAUAGAAACGUUUCUUCUGGUUGAGAAGCGAGAUAAGACUUCUCCGUAUACGCAAUACUAUGAAAGCAUCAUAGACAAAGCUAUUGGAACAAAACAGACGAAGCGAGGUAAGUGUGUGGUGGGAAUAAUUUUAAUACAGUUUGUAGUUUUGUAACUCAAUAGUAAUCUUUUGUUACUCGACACUUCUAAUGAUGGCUUGUGUUUUUUCUUCUUCUUUUGCUGCAAUUAUUGUAGGCUAGGAGAAACCGUACCAGUUGGAAUUUCUCUAAUUUUGUAAAACCAUUUUUGUUGUCAUUUAGAUUUUGGAAUUUCAUGAAUUAUGUUCGGAAAGAUACAAAAGUAUUUUUGCAAGGAGCUUAAUCAGAUUAAAAUGACAGAUUACUCGUUUGUUAUUUCUGCUCCUUAAAGAAUUUGGUGUGUACUAGAUAAAGGAAGAAUUGUUAGCAAUGUUGGUGUGACAUUGAUUAUAAAUAUUAUUCAAGAACUUAUUUAGCAUUUUGUUACGUCUUAAGAUUACCUUUUCCACUAUUUAUGAAUAACUAGAGUCUUUGUCCGCGCUAUGCGCGGAAAAUGGGCUAUUUCAAUUUUGUGUUUAUUUGAAUUUUUUUUUUUAUUAUUAGUAAUUUUUAUAUUAAGAAAUAUGGGCUAUUUUAAUUUUGUGUUUGAUUUGAAAUAUUUUAUUACUAUUAAUAAUUUAUAUUAAAUAUUUGUAAAAUGAGAGCAAUUUAACUCUGAAGAUUAUUAUGUUUAAAUUAUAUUGUAAAAUGAUUAAUAAUCAUAUUUUGUUUAAAUUAUAAUAAUGAUUUUGUUUAAAUUAUACUCUGUUCUUGCUGAAGUUAAAUUUUUUUGUGCUCAUAUGUAUAUCAUUUUUAAAUAAAUAGGUUGGGUAUUAUGAAAUGCGGUCCUAUACCUUUUUAUAUUGCUAUAUUAAGUCACAAAGUUUAUAUCAUUUACCAUAUAUCAUUGAAUAUUAUAAUGUAGUUUUUUCUUGUUCUAGGCUGUCAAGUUUGAUAAACGCAUUUCUAUAGAUGUAGCACAUUGGAUAAUGAAACAUUUGCUGGUUGAUUGGUUGCAAAACUGAUUGAUUUGGAAUGUUUAGUUGCAUAACUUGUAGAUUUUUAGGAAAUAUACUUUUAAAUUAUAAUUUGUAUUAGAGACUCACACGAAUUAAAAUUAUAUUUUUUCUCAUAAAUAGGAAGAAAUAAAAUAUCGUGCUGAAGCAAAUAUAUCAUAAAGAUCAAACUGAAACAUUCCAAGCAAAUAUAGCAUACUGAAGCAAAGGUCUUAAGGCACAAAAGGGUAAAUCAUAGAUAAGUAAAGAAACGUCUGUAGCAGAAAAGUGAAAAUCAAAGAUAAGAUGGUAGACUUUGUUGACGAAGAGCCUGAAAUUAAUUUUAAAUAGACCAGUCAGCAUAGAUUAGUAGUAGAAAUCAAUUUAUCUAAUUAACUGAAGAAGUAGACGUACUUGGAAGUAAUGAGAUAUUCAUCAUCAGGGAAAAUGCGGUAACUUGGACUUAUGUCUGAUGAUAGCUAGAAUACUGAAAAUCAGGUAAAUAUCAAUUAUUAGUUUAGUAAUCAUUUAAACAUGUUGAUGAUAUUCUGAAUUUGAAAUUUUACUUACUCUCAUCAGGAUGAAGGCGGUUGAAGAUUUCUUUGUAUACUAUGUUCUUCACUCUUUGUGGGUGUGAAUCUUAGAUAUAAUAUUAGUAAAGCCCAUCAAAAAUGUAUCAAGUGAUAAUAAAAUAUAAAGAUAUUUUAUUUUUGAAUAUAGAUCAAAUAAUUUAAUAACAGGUUCUACUUAUAUAAAUUCUGUAUAUAUGUAAAUCACUAAUUUAUAAUUUUGAUGAGACCAUAUAUUUGGUUAAAAUUUUCUAAAAAUAUUAUCUUAUUAUUUAUCAAUUCGUGAUAAAUUUAGCCGGCCUAAUUUGGGACCGGUGAGUUUUAUUAAUUUAUUGAGUAUUACAUAAAAGAGUAUUAAUUGAUGGAGUUUGUGCUGUUCAUAGUUAUAUUAUAAAAUGAAAAACUUACCAAAUUUUUAUACAAAGCAAAUAGAUUCGGAGGGCAUUUAUUCCGGAGUCAACUUAUGUAAAUUCUUUUCGUAAGCGAGUAGUGAAUAAUAGUAGCAAAAUUUUGGUUGUAUCCGAUUUGGUUAUAUAAUAUUUAGUAAAUUUUCACUCCAUUUAUAAAAGAUAUCUAUACUAUUAAAGCAAUAUCAUAAUAUGAAAAAUUGUGUUCUGCCAUUCAAGCUUCAUCAUGAAUAAUUUAAACCAAUAUCAUUUAUUUAUGUGAUACAAAUUAAGUGAUGAAUUAUCUGCAGUAUAUUUUCAUAAUCCUGGAAAUAACAAAAUCAUAAACAUUCGUUAUACAAUCUGGGUAGUAGAGUUUUUAUAUGUCACCGUAAAUAUAUACGUCUAAGUAAUUGAAUAACGAAAUCUAGGUGGAAUAAAUACAUACGUCUAAGUAAUUGCAUAACGAAAUCAUUAGUAAAAUCCUAAAAGAACAAUAUUAAGAUAUGCUAUCAGCAAAUACGAUCUUAUGUACGUAAAUAUAAAUAGCGUCAUUGAAUAAUAAAAUGUGGUUAUGGUUUUAUUUUUGUCAUCGGUUUGACCAAUAACCAAACCAUUAUGAUUGGUUUAUUGCACGAUUAAAUAGCAUGCUUUACUAAACCCAAUAUGUCAUACAUCGUGGUCUAUGGAAACUAUGUGCCAGAGUAUGAUUAUUAAAUGGUUCACUAAAAAUCAAUUUUAUACAGACAUAAUCACCAGUAAGUGGUUCACAAAAAAUCAAUUACAGUAAUCUAUUCUGAGCAGGAGUGGAACAACCUGUAUCCGUCUAAUAUUUCUAUAUUAUUCUGAUCUUCAUAUAUAAUUGUAAAAUAUAGAUGUAAAUAAAAAAAAACUGCAACAUAUAUGAUUAUAACGAAAUCAUCAAAAAUUCUAUAUGAAUACAAUUAUCAUACAUAAAAUCACAUAAUUAUAUAAUAUAAAAUACUAUAAAUUAUCUAAGGUCAGCGAUAAGCACACAAACUGGAAUAAAAAUUUGAGUUACCUGGAUUUUGAACAGGGGGUGUGGGAGGUGGGUUAUCCAUUCCGGUAAAAGCGAUUCUUAGUCUAAAUCUGAUUAAAAUCAGAAUUUUAGAGUAUGUAUAGAAAUUUGUUGACUUUUUAUAAAUUUUUGCACUCACAUUGCUUUUAGAGGAUUGUCUUGAUAUGAGCUUUGUUGUCAGUUCCAAUGACGGUUUGAAAACUAUUUUAGCACAUGUGAGAGAUAAGUUAUACACUAAAAUAUUGUGAAAGAGAAAGGUAGAUGUUUCUUUCCUUUGGUUUAGGACGUGUAUAUAUUGUUGUCUUACGUUUUUGGAAGUAAGCGUUAUUUAAUUAGGUGAGUUUGAAUAGAUAUUUUGGUGCUGAAAUCACGCCGUCAAUCACGUCUGUGACAUUCAAUAAAUAUAUAACUGUCAAAAUGUUAGCACUUGUUCUGAUCUUAAGUAGAUGUUGACCAAUUCUAAUCAUAAACUCUGAAUUAUAUGAGUAGUAGUAUGGAAUAAUGCCAAGUAAAUUGCUUAAAGAGAUGAGGAUAACCAAAUUGUUUAAAGAGAUGAGUGUAUCCAACUAACGAAAAAUGUAUUCAAAGAAACAUAAAGAGCGACCAAAAAACGGAAAGUAUGAAGAUAGAAAUAGAAAAACGCAAAGUCGUUACGUAAACAUCAAACCGAACUCAUACUGCAGCAAAAAACAGUCACUGCGUAUAAAGAUAGCUGAAGCUGCAUUAGCCACUCUUGGAACGCUUGGCUUCGUCUGAUUCAAUACCCUCAGACGCUUUUCUAACCCGACCACCAGCGGCAUCCACUAACCCACUGGAGGAACCGGAUACUUCACUUCCAGUCUUCAAGAAACCAUCGGACGUUGCUGGAAUAGCGUCUUCGACCAAUGGUUCUAUAGGAUGUGGAGCUUCUGGUGGAAGUAUCUUGGUGACGGUUAUGGUCCGUGUCUUCCCUUUCAAGUUAUGAUCGGAGACUUUCACUAUGAACCUGUGUGUCUGCCCGAUUGUAUCAAGCAAAGCUUGCGGUACUGGCACGCAAUGGUCAGCUUCCACGCUCUCAUUAGACUAACAUUCAAGAACAAUUUAUGUGAGUUCAAAUAUUAUGGGGCUAUAUGUACACAGAUUCUUAAUUACCUCAAAGUAACUGGCAACUAAUUCUGAAGCAUGCUUUCCAGUCAACUCUUUGCCAGCAUCACCAAGAAUGACAAAAACUGCUUGCUCACUCUUAUCAUAAACAGAUAUCCUGGUUAGGUAUCUGCAAUGAGAAAAGAUAAUUUAUUAGUGCGGGCAAAAAAUAGAUGAAACUGUGUAGACAUCACUUACUGAGCAACGCCCGUGACUUCACUCUUCAUACACUUCUUAUUGUUACAAAUCAGGGAGGUAGGCCCUUUGAACGCCUUGCUGUUACACCCAUCGCAUGAAAUAUAAUACCAAGCCGAACCCUGGAUAACAUCAUCUAUAGUUGCUGUGCAUUCAAACCAAGCAACCUACCAUAGUGGAAAUUAGAAAAAACUAUAUCAAUACACAAGCAUACGACAACUAAUUUGGAAACAGAACAAAUCUUGUACCUUAGCAGUUGGCAGCUUUAUGUAGGAGAAGAGUUCCUCAAGAGUAGCUGUCUCAGGCUUAGUGACAACCUCUGCAUUAAUCUUGUUAGCAAUUUCCGAGUUGGAUCCCAACCUGAGAAAAAUGGAAGCGCGAAAAGUAUGGCAAGGUCAAAUCGCAUGAAAUGGCAAACAGAGGUCGCUUGUAAAAUAUAAAUACAAAAAAUCCUCACCACCCGAGGUAAUCCCUGCUAGGCUGAACAUCAGUAUCCAUAAACACUCGAGAUGAUGCCAUCGAAGUCAGAGCAAGGGUUCCUGAUCAGACCACAUGAUUUGAUUAUUACCAACCAAAUACUUAACGAUGCCACAAAAGUAUUAAAACAGAAUUUCGUACUAUAGAUCUGGCUCACUUAACAAUAAAAAUGACAUAAUACAUUUCAGUUCGAAUCACCACACCUAAGCUAUACAUUACUAAGUAAAUGUUACCUCCAAGAUGCUUAGGGUUGACUGUGGUGACCAAAAUAACGCUUGGAGUGCUUCCAUAAGAUUUGAAUUUCUCACAGAAGUCCGAUGCGGCUUUGUCCCAUAGAUAGAGCUUCAUUACUGGCCCGCUGCAUAACAUUAAAACCAUGUGUCAACCAUAACUCACACAGAAUCUAACUCUAUUUGGACAUACUUACUCGUGUGUCUGAACAUGAACACAAAGAUGCCGCUUCUCUGCUAUGCCGGCUUCGUCGAGAACAAUAUGAUCAGUGAUAGUCUGCCCAUUCACCAGCUUCAUGUGGCCAACAUAGUCUAGGAUAAAAUAUUUCAUAGUAGUAUAUUCAGUAGAUGUAAAUAUAUAAAACCUAAAGAUUUAAGUAUAAACACAAAAAGUAGUUAAACAGAGAUUACCAUAAAGAUCAAUUUUGCGGUCACAAUUAGCCUGGAACUCCUCGUAGUUAUGAAACCUGAACCUAUCCUCAGGGAUUGAAACCGGGGGGUUAUCAACAACGGAUAACUCAGAAUUCCAAGCGAAUGUGACGGUUGCGUUAUGAUCAGAAACACGAUACUGAGUUUUGUUUCUGGAGCCGAAAAAAUUCUUCAGUUUGUAAACACAACCCGAUAUCAGCUCAUAUGACCCAACCCGUCCCGAUGGAACAUAACCUUGAAUAACAGCUCCCUAUAGAUGAUUUCAAAUUCACGAUCAAUAGAAAUCUAACAAUGUCGAGCAAUUAUAAAUAAGGAUCAAGAGUAGCAAAAUAGUUGAAGACGAACCUCUUCAUCGAUAAGGAGCAUUUCCUGUCCAAUGAGAGUUUUCGUAUUUGGAUUUCGAGCCUCCCAGUAAUGAAUCAGACGGAACCUCAAGUCGACCUCUUGUGGGCCGAGUUUCACAUCUCUGAAGAACAUCACUUUAUCGUCAUGCGCGGAGGAGACGGCGGCAGAAGUGUUUGACUUCAUCGGGAUAGCAGACGAAACAGCAGACUUCCCGUUACGCUUCAUCGCAGUGGCGGAGGAAUCGACGGACUUCCCGUUUGGCUUAGUGGACGCGGAGGAUGCGACGGUCUUUUUGUUGGUAGUGCGGUGGCUUGAGAUCGGAGAGUGUCCUUUGGGUUCCAUCGCGACGAUUGUUUGAGAGAGAAUUUUCAAUUUUGAUCGACACAUAACUCAAGUGAAAAGAUUUAUAAAUAGAGAGAUAGAGAGGAAGAUGAAAAGAAUCCAUUCAAUGAAAUCAAUCAAGGUUUGAUUAGAGCGUGAAGUAAAGAGAGUAUGAGAUGAAACGGAUCCAGAGAGAAGAGUAAGAGAAGAGGAGGAAGUCGAAGAGAAGAACGGCAAGAUCACCGAAGUCGGAAGAAGGAAUGAUUGAGAAAGAAAGACGAAGCCCUAAUAAUCUAAAAAAUCUAAAACCAGAAGCCCAAAAUCAAUCAUACCAAACACGAAGUCCAAACGAAAUUAUUAAGAGAUGACAUGUCUCUUUGCUGCACUAUCGUUGGUGGAAUUUCCGAUCCGACGUGGCACCCUUAAAGAGCCUGCAUAUCGCCCUUUUAAUAGAGUUAGAUGAUUUUGAUACAAGUACGUUCCUUCACAGGAGGAAUUAAAACAAAAUUAAUAACGCAGAGACAGACGAGAUUCUUUGCAAAUUUAAAGCACAAUAAGUUUUACUGUCUUCCGACGAGAUAAGAUCCAGGUCGCACUGGUUCUUUUUUUUAUUUUACUUUUGUUCUUUAAUAUUGUUACAUAUUUUGAUGUUUUAUAUUUUUUUGAUAGAAUGUAGGAACAAAAGGGAAGGGAAUGUAGGAAAAAAAGAGAUUGACUAAAUUAAGUAUUAAGUCGUUUAUUUUAAUUACUUGCAAGCAGUGCCGGCCCUUGGCACGUGCACAAGGUGCUUAUGCACAGGGUCUCAAAAAAAUUAGAAAUUUUUAGCAAGAAUUUAGGGUCUUCUUCUUACAGAUUUAAGGGCCUUAUUUACCAAUUAUUUUAUUGGUCUUGUUAAAAAAAAAAAAAAUUGCACAGGGUCUGUAAAAAACAUGAGCCGGGCAUGCUUGCAAGUACACGACAAAUAUCUAUUUCGUAUUGUUGGUUUGUUAUUCGUGGUUAGUUACCCAUUCUCGUGGUUAGUUAUCCAUUAUACUUUUGAAAAACAAAAUUAACUAUGAUAAAAUAACUUGUUGAUACGAUAAAUAGAUUAAAUAAAAUGGUAUAUUAAUAGAAAUAUUUUAAAGUUUUAUUUUAUUUUAUAUAAUGUGAUGAAAACCUUUUCUUGUUCUUUUUAGUGUUAUCCAAUAUUAACUUUAAACAUAUGAGAAGGAAGAAAUAAUAUCUAUAAAAGAAAAUAAUUUUUUUAUCAUGGAAUUCUAACUAAUUAAGGUUUUCUAAAAUUCAUGUGCAAAGUUUAAGUAGAUAAAAUAAUGAAUAAUUAUCAAAUAACAUACAAAUAAUUAUCAAACUGUUUUAAAAAAAAAAUAUCAAGUAACUUGUAAGUAGUUCAUAAAUAAAAAGUAGUACAACAGGACAAGUAACUUGCAUGUACAUCAUUUAGCAAGUGUUUUAAAUCACAAUUAUUCGUUUUUCAUAAACCAAGUACAAGUCUAAAUUUCUAUUACUUGAGCAAGUCAAGCCAAAUACAAAGUAUACUAAAAAUGACAAUUACUCGGCUUGUGAUGAUGUUUGUACAUUAAGAAUAUCUCCAAAAAAAUCACUCUAUUUAAAAGUUUUCAAAACCUCAUAUUUGAAGUUUAAAGGUGGUUUUUUUCCACAAAAAAAAAUCAUAUUUAACUUCAAAAGUAUUUAUAUUUUAUACUAUAAUUCUUAUAUUUGUCAUAAUUAAUUUAAAUUCAUAAAACUUUAUAAAUAACUAGAACAGAAAUAAAAAUAUUAGA